UUAUACAACUAUAUUUUAGCUUCAUUUUCAACACCAUCAAGUUUUAUACGAACAACUCAUUUUAUAUAUACACAGAUCCAUCACAUUAUUUUAGAUCCAACUCCGUGACACUUUCCCAUUAACCAUAUUCAUCAUUUUAUCAAAAAGAGUGUAGAGUCUUUUUCGUUUCAUACUUUAGGUAUAUAAUCAUGUCAAGAAGGCCAGGAAAUGCCACACGUCGGCUUAUUGGUAAUGGGGGCAAUCCACUAGGCGGGAUUUUUCAUUCGAAAUCACAAGCAUCUCCUCUAUUAUCUGUUGUUCUUGUAUUGCUAGGAACACUCCUUGUGAUUGGCUAUGUUUAUCGGGGUUCAGGUGGAUCUGGGGACUAUAAAGCAUUUAGCAAGGUCGAAGGUGACUUUAGUUGCACGUUUGAUGUUCAUACGGCCAUACCUAUCUUAAAGAAAACAUAUGGUGACAGCAUGCACAAAGUAUUGCACGUUGGGCCCGAUACUUGCUCAAUAGUGUCUCAGUUGACUACAGAAAAAGACACUGAAGCAUGGGGUGUGGAACCAUACGAUAUUGAGGAAACUGAUGUUGCUUGCAGAAGUCUUGUGCGUAAGGGUCUUGUUCGUGUUGCUGACAUCAAGUUCCCUUUGCCAUACAGGGCUAAAUCGUUUUCUCUAAUUAUAGUCUCCGACUCAGUUGAUUAUUUAUCUCCCAAGUACCUCAACAAAACCCUUCCAGAUUUGGCUAGAGUAUCUGCUCAAAAUCUUGUUAUAUUCACAGGUAAACCUAAGAAUUCAAAAGCUAAACUACCACAAUCAUCAAGAUUUGGACGCCCGGCUAAGAUGCGGAGCGCGUCGUGGUGGGCCCGGUUUUUCGUUCAGACGAGUCUUGAGGAGAAUGAAACAGCAGCAAAGAAGUUCGAGCAGGCUGCUUCCAAGAGCUCAUACAAGCCAAAAUGUCAAGUUUUUCACUUAAAUUCAUACCAUUAAUGGUGAGAUACUAAUGAUUCAUAAUCAAUUUAGCCGGUUUUUUAGCCGGGGAAGAAGACUCCGGCUCACAUAUAGUUUAUAGUUGUGUUGUUGGUUCAAUAUGGUGGAAGAUGUUGAUUCCAUCACCACCCUUAUGCUGUUAUUUAUACCAAUUGAUUAAAAUUUAUGAACACUUUAAUAGUUAUAUAAUUAUUUGUUUAAGACAA